AUGGUAAGAAAUUUAUGGCUAUUUUUUGUGUCGCUAUCGCUGCUGGUGGCGGAGAAACGCCCUCAAAUUUCGAACGAUGGAUUGAAACGUGUGGAGGGGACAAACUCCUACAAACUUCAAAUGCACGACGAUGACAUGUUGCGGGUGUAUCAAAAAUGGUUGGACACGGGCAUAAGCUCUUUGUUUAGUGCGAUUGCCAACAAAAAGUAAGACGGACUUUAUGCUAACAAUCUGUCGGGAAAAUAAUAAGCACUCUGUCGUAUCGAAAAUCGCAUCGCCGCAGAGAAAAUGAAUUGUGUCGCAGCAAAGCCAAAUUGCUUUUCACUUCAGACACACGGUCGGCGCAGCGACACUGGGCUCAUUAUUUUCCCGACAGGCUGAUAGUAUGUUCAUAAAGUUCGCGGAAAUUUUGUGCUGUACAGGGUGGGCCUUUCCCAUUGUUCAAUUUUAGGCUCAAGAAGCACCGAAAAUCGGUCGCCGACCGCUUCGCCGAAUGCUCUUCUGGCGCGGAUGAGGUCAUAAAACAUGCCAAGUGCUUGAAGAAGCUGAUGAAGAACCAAUUUGAGUCUCCGCGACCGAAGAAAGUCAACCGAUUUAAUCGAUAUCGAAAGAACGGCGAAGAGGAGCACGGAGGCUUCAAGCAAGAGGUCGAUGAGGACUUUGUUCGACGGAAAAGAGGUGUCAAAAGUGCGAAAGGCUACAAAAUAAAUGGCAGCAAAGGGGUAAUGAACCCGAUGAUGCAGGUAGGCCAACAAAAUUUUUGAAUUCCGCGUUUUAGGUAGCCAAAAGCAUCUACGACUCGCUGAAGGAUGCCGCGAACAAGACAGAGCUUCCCAAAUGGCAAGACACCAUCGAGAGCCUGAAGAUCAACGGCCGAGCGCUGAAGAAGAAGACCAAGCUGCUGGAGGACACCAGCGACGAAAGUUUGUCCGCGAUGGGCUUGGAAGGCGUGAAGAGGCAGAUGAACAAGGAAGACUUCGACCUCGACGCAAUAGAAGAGAUUCAGAAGGACCCGGAGAAAUUGAAGGCAUUCUUGAAGGAAAUAAAAAAGAAGAAAGGCAACAAACCAGAGGCCAAGAUCAUGGAUAUCGUGAGAAGCGCCAUGGAGAUGGGCUACAACAUUGCUGGACAGGACACGUCCAAAUUCUACAACAGCACGAUGAGAAUUGCCUCGCCAAAAUUUUUGGAGCUUUUUCCGGAGAGUGAAAAUGAUACGGUAGGGUGAAUAAAGCAUCAAAUUUUUAGUUUUAGAUAAAAUUGAUUUCGCCAUCUUUAUUUGCUCUUCAUGAAAGCGAUGAUCCGAUUGAGAACCUGACCAGCAUUCCGAAUCUCUUGAAGAGAUUUGGGUUGCAGGAACAUCAACUCUUUCUGGAUAUUAUCAUGGAAGCGGCUGGAGUCAACGAGAGGUCCGAGGAUAUUAUACAGGUAUGUUAGUAUUCUCUAGACAUGGUUGAAGGCUGGCCUUUUGCAAAUUUGGGGACUCCGGCCCAGACCCCGUCAAAGUUGACGCGGGCCCUUAAAAAAUUUCGAGCCUCGACCCAACCCCAGUAAAGUUGGCCCGGAAUUUCCGAAGCCUGACCCGUCCCCCUGGUACAGUGGGGGCUCUGAUCCAGUGCCAAAAAACGUUCCAUUUUGCAUCCAGGACGCAUCAAAAAAUGUGGCAAAAUACCUCCCUCUCCAAGUGAAAAAACUCCGAUUUUAAAAGCGCGCCCGCCCUUUUGUGAGAAAAAAAGGAGCGCCCUUCAAAACGAAGUUUUUUUCACGUGUAUUUUUGGCCAUAACUUUGUCCAAGCAUAAAUUAGGCAGCUAAUUUUUUCUUCCUUAUACACAACUUUCCACGCUCUUUCAAAUGAUAUAUGUUUCGUUAAGAUUAAAGGUUGCAACUGUUUGCCGAUCCCUUGUUAGAGAGGGAAGCAUUUUGCCACAUUUUUGAUACUUCCCGGGUGCAAAAUAGCACGUUUUUGCCACUGGAUCAGGUUCCUCACUGCAGAAGCCUGUGCUGUUGAUGCCUUAACUACUGAUUUCAGCGGCUUAAAGAUGUUAGCAAAAACGAAACCCAGCAAAUGUUUGACGUUAUGAAGGAAAUGCUCGACGACAACAACGUUCCCUUGUAUCCAACACCCCAAAACGCGACCGCGAUGGGCGAAUCGCCAGAGAUGUUUGACUUCUGGAAGAAAUUGCGCGAUUCGUACAGCAAAGACCAGCUGCGCGAGCUGAACCACACCGGCUACGCGGUGAUGAACAAAGAGCAGAUCACCGCGCUCUACGGGCCAAAGUCUCAUCUCUACAAUGAGACGAAAUACGAGCUGUUGAUGCGACUUAACGAAGAGGAGAUUCACCAGGAGAUGGAGAAAGAGAUUGAGGCGAUGGCCGAGAUGGAGAGCUUCAAACUGCGACAAAAAGAUGUUGUUUUGUCGCCCGUCCUCUUCACCUGGGUGGUCUUGGACACCGUGGCCACCUCACAGCCAUACAUCUUGUCGCCACUGUUGUUCGACCCGAUUAUUUUGUCGCCCAACUACUUUGGCGCCGUGAUUGUGACGCCUUGGGUGUUUGUGCCUCACGUAUUGUCCCCUCGUGUGCUGGGCUGUAUUAUACUGGCGCCGUGGGUGUUCUCCCCGCUUAUACUGACCCCGAUCGCUCUGCAUCCGGCCAUCCUGUCGCCGGGCGUGUUCGAUCCCUUGAUCUUGUCGCCAUUGGUAUUAACGCCGUUCAUUUUGUCGCCUCAAGUCUUUACGCCCAUCAUUCUGAGUCCGCUCUGCAUGGACCCGAACAUUUUGAACCCGUUGGUCGGAUCGCCGUUGAUUUUGUCGCCCUUUGUUUUGACGCCCAUCAUUUUGUCGCCGCAUUUCCUGGGCGGCUUGAUUCUGAGUCCGUACGCGCUCUCGCCUGUAAUAUUUUCGCCAUUGACGGCAUUCGCGGCGGUGUUGUCGCCCAGUUAUUUGAGUUAG